AUGAAGAUAGCGACUGAAGUUGGGGAUUCGAUUCCACCAAAUACGAAACAUGCUGUUUCUGUGAGUCUUCCAACGUGGGAGGCAACUGUGGGUUAUGAGGAAGGGGAGAAAUGGGUUGUGGAGAGAAUGACCACUGGAUACCCUAGAUUUUUCAUCCACAAGUCAAUUCAGAGAUUAUGCAAUGUGUUGAAAGAUAAGUAUGCUAAAGAGGAAGAGACAUGCCUUGUAUUCCCAAGUUAUCAGGUAGCGAAAAGAUGCAGGGAGUUUUGUAAGGUAAAGAGUAAAGUCACUCUGAGGAAUAAGAUCAGAAUUCUUCAGUUGGCGACAUCCAAACCUUUGAACAAAGAAGAGGAGUCGUGGAAAAGAGAGUGCAAGAUUGCCGUUGUAUUUGCUCAGAAAGAUUUGUAUCCUUUGUUAAAGCAAUACUGGCAACAUACCGGUGAAAUAAUCUCGUCUCGAUUGGCAGAGUACGUUUUGGCAGAGCUUUUCGAACUAGAGCACAGCGACGGUAAGCAAAACGAAGAGUUUGUAGAAAAUCGUUUCGGCAGGAGUCUAGACUUCUCGUUCGCUGGUAGAGCUAAGUUACUUAUCAAAAGGCGUAUCGCGAGAAAAGUAGUUGAUGUAGACGAAGAUGAUGAUGAGACGGCACAGCAGCAGCAAGAACAACAAGAACAACAACAGCAGCAGCAGCAACAGACGAAUAACAGAUCAGACAGUGGUAGUGAUGACGAAGCUUCCACUGCGACUGGAAAUGGUGAAGAUAACGAAACUUCUUUCACGCAUUCCCCAGGAAUACCCAGAGAUGAUGUAAUUAGGGUGGAGUUUUCAGAUGUGGAUGAUGACGAAGACGAUGGCAACUUUGCGCACAUGGACCAUAAUUCAGCUAUUCCCGCUGAACUUAUCGAUGAAGUUGAAUUUGAACAGAUAAAUAUAUCGCCUCCUUCACCACAGAAUACCGAUUGUGCAUCAAGCGGGAUCCUGACGGAUAACUUGGAGGCUACUUCAAUUCAUCUCAACCCUGAAAGAGACGUGUUUUUGUUCCCAAGUGGUAUGGCUUCCAUUUUCACCGCACACAGAUUACUAUUGGAACUGGAUUCGAAACGUGUGAGGCGUAAUGCGGUAACUAGCGAUCCAAUUGGAUACGGUGGUGCAUACAAGAAAACUGUAAUGUUUGGAUUUCCAUAUACCGACACAUUGAGCAUCUUGCGUAAGUUCAAUCACACUCAUUUCUUGGGACACGGAGAUGCUCAAUCUAUGGCGGAAUUAAAAGAGAUUCUCCAUAGCGGUGAGCAAAUUCUAGCUGUAUUUUUGGAGAGUCCAUCAAACCCGUUGCUAAAGAUGGCUGACUUGGUGGAAUUGAAGAGACUCUCGAAUAUCUAUGGGUUUUAUAUUGUCAUUGACGAGACAGUAGGUGGAUUUUUGAACAUUGAUGUGCUACCAUAUGCUGAUAUCGUGUGCAGUUCGUUAACCAAGAUCUUUAGCGGAGAUUCAAAUGUGAUGGCUGGGUCCAUUGUGCUUAACCCUAAAUCUGGGUUAUAUGAAUUCGCUACAAAAAUGUUACACUUAACUGAAAAAUGGUACGAAGACCUUUUAUGGUGCGAGGACGCUAUAUGCCUAGAAAGAAACUCUAGGGACUUCAUUUCCCGUAGCAUAAUUGUGAAUGAGAACACCGAAGCACUACUAGAAAAGGUGAUUUUGCCAAAUGUGGGCGAGGGGAAAUUGUUCAAGAGGUUAUACUACCCUAAGUACACUAGCGUGGAAACCAAGGCAAAUUACGACACUGUCAAGGCGAAGUCCGUGGGAAGCGGGUACGGAGGGCUCUUUUCAGUGACGUUCCACAACAUAGAGCAAGCCAAGAUGUUUUUCAACAGCCUAGAAUUGUGCAAAGGCCCCUCAUUAGGCACCAAUUUCACCUUAGCAUGUCCAUACACGAUUUUAGCACAUUACCAGGAAAUGGAAGAGGUUGCCAAAUACGGGCUUGAUGUGAGUCUUGUAAGGGUUUCUGUCGGGCUCGAGAACAAAUCGGAACUCCAAGCCGUGUUCGAGAAGUCUAUCGCACACGCCUUGGGUAAAGAAUAA